AUGAUGUCAAAAAAACGUAAAAGUGAUGAAUCUGAUCAUGUGUCAAUAACAAAUGCAAAGAAAUUGCGACCAGUAUCAUCAGACACAUUGAGUAAUAGUCAUUUGUCUGAUAGUGAUAGUGAAGAAGAUGUAAAUAAAAGUAACGUUCGAAACUAUCCUCCAAAUUCAACGAAAGAACACAUUUCAAGAACAUUAUCAUCCAAAGUAUGGCCUCCGCCUGCCGGUGAUUAUUUAUCGUCGUCGUCCUCCUCCUCAAAUGAGAUUGGAAUGGACAAAAUAGCAUUCUAUUCUCCGCCUGAAACUAAUGAAGAUCCAUCAUUGCUGUAUAAUCCAAAUCAUAACUUCCAUCAAAAAGUUGAAACAGCAUCGCCAAUUAAAAGCUAUGAAUACACUAAACAUGUAAAACAAGAAGAUAAUGUUAACAAAACGAAAAUUAAGUUACCGUAUCAUGACAAUGAACUACCAAAGAAAAGACUAAAACCACAGCAUGAGAUGGGUGAACAAUCAAAAUCUACUGUAGCAUCAACAACAUCCUCAGAUACAACGUACUCAAUGCAAGCUAAAAUAAUGAUGGCGAGUUUUCUUCUUUUAUUGCUUGAGAAAAUGGGUUAUAACGAUACAAAAGGUCUUGGUGUACGUGAGCAAGGUCCAACUAAUAUUAUUGAAGCAAGUAAACAAAAAGGUCGUCGAGGUCUUGGAUUUGAAUUAACGGAAUUUAGUGAUGAGGGAACUGAAUGGAAUUUCGAUAACGAUCCGGCUCCUGUUGAAGAAGAGGUUCAAUGGUGUCCAGUCGUUGAAGAGCCACCACUUCAAUUAGAGGAGUUGAAACAAUGGAUUAAAAUUGGUCCGGUAAGAUUAACUGUUUGAAUACUGUUGAUUAGUUUUAAUUCAUUAACGAAAACUUUUUGUACUUGCAGAAAAAACGAACAAUUGACGAUGAAACAGAAUUUUGCGACGAAAAAAUGCUCAGGAAUCUUCUUAGUUGUAAGGUACGUUCUGACGAUAUUGCAUUCUUGUAACCAGUUCACAUUUUUUU